AUGCCCGUGGUGCCUUUGGGCUGCAAAGCGCCGAGCACAGAGCGCAGUUUCAAUGCGAUUGUGCAGGGUCUCUUUCGCGAAGAGCUCGUGCCGCCCGGCGAUGUGCUCGACGCUGGUGCUCUAUUCGGCAAGUGGUCGUGCUACUAUGCGUGCCUCAAUCCAUGGCGGCGAGUGCGCGCGGUCGACCCGCUCCCGUCAAACGCCCAUUCAAUACAGUGCUCUGACGACGCGGCGAACCGGGCGCUGCUGCGGUACGCGCGAGCCCUCUCCAACGAAUCUGACUCCAUUGAGGUGAUCGAUCGACGAGGCGGUUAUGUUGGGAAGCUACAACGGCACAUCUCGGCGCCUCGUUCCGCCACCGUGAGGGUGGGCGUCUCGACUAUCGACGAGCUCUUCCUCUCCGAGUGGCGAUCGCGGCUGGGAUUUGCACAUCUCGAUAUGGAGGGGUACGAGCGUCGAGCCAUCCUCGGGGGCGCGACAACCAUCCGGCGCGACCAGCCCAUCAUCUCCACCGAGCUGAGCGGGACUUCGCCGGAAGCGCCAAAGCUGCUGGCGCUGCUGCGGAGUCUGGGGUACGUAAGCUUCAGCAUCCUCGAGAUGACCGGCGUCGGCUAUAACAAGCGAAACGUGCUGAGCUUCCCGCGCUCGCAGCUCCAGCGGCUCCUCGACUCGCCCACUCUCGACCUCGCCGCUCGCGGCUUGCUCCUCGUGCCGGUCAACGAGAGCACGGUCAACAGGCAACGGUCCAGGGUCCGAGUUCUAUCUUGGUACAACGACCUCUCGUUUCGCAAGGUCGUGUGCGCCUCGCGAAAGGCGGGCAAGCCGCAGGCGUGGGAGUGGGGCGAGGAGGCUCCCGACGACCGGAGGCCGUGGGAGGCCUCGAGCGCAGCGCGCUGGUGGGAGCCCGUGCUGUCGCUGCCCGAGGUGUGCGGCCACGCCGCGAGCGGCGGCCGGGGCUCGCCCACCUACUGCCCCUGA